AUGGCAUCCGAAAAGGAAGCGGCUGGUGGAGGGGUUUCUAGUUACCAUUCUGACCUAGAAACCUCAAAGCCAGGUAUCGAGCAACUUGAGGUGAUUGCUGACCCUGACGAGGGUUUAUCUGAAGAGGAGAAGGCAAAAAUAGAUCGACGUUUGCUGAGGAAAUUAGAUAUGCGUCUCAUCCCGUGGCUGUCCUUACUCUAUCUAGCAUCAUUUCUUGACCGCACAAAUAUUGGAAAUGCAAAAUUGGAUGGUCUCCAGGAAGCACUUCAUAUGACUGAUGGCCAAUACAACGCUUCGCUAACCAUCUUCUUCAUCUCCUAUUCUAUCUUUGAGCCCCUUACUAACGUGCUGCUCAAACGGACACUGCCCAGUAUUUUUAUCCCAACAAUCAUCGUUCUCUGGGGCAUUUGCAUGACAACAAUGGGGCUUGUACACAACUUUUCCGGCCUCAUGGCCGCACGAUGGUUUCUUGGAUUAGCGGAGGCCGGUCUUUUCCCGGGCGUAGCUACUAUCUUUCCUGCUGCGGGCUCAUUUGGCGGCCUUCUGGCAGCUGCCAUUGCCAAGAUGGAUGGGGUGGGUGGAAAGGAUGGCUGGGCCUGGAUCUUCAUCCUAGAGGGUCUUGCAACCGUUGUCAUUGGGGUGCUUUCCUUCUGGCUGGUGUACGACUUUCCAGACAAAGCUAAAUUCCUAUCUGACAUAGACCGAAAGCGCGUAAUGCGACGUCUGGCUCUAGACCAGCAAUCCAGUACUGCCAAGGAGCACGAGUGGAAAUCCUCAUAUCUGUGGGAUAGCCUGAAAGACCAUAAGACUUGGCUCGGUGCUAUUAUUUAUAUGGGUGCUGAUGGAGCAUUGUAUGCUUUUUCAUUGUUCCUGCCAACCAUUAUCAAAGAACUAGGUAUUUUGAAAGUGUUUUAUUUGUCCAGCUACUCAUCUACUCGUGCACAGCUCCUCAGUGUGCCUCCUUACGCUUGCGCUGCUAUCCUAACAGUCUCGGUUGGCUACAUAGCUGAUCGCACGCGUCAGAGAGGAAUCUAUAACAUCCUCGCAUCCAUCUUGGGGAUAGUUGGUUUCUCAAUGCUACUAGGCACUAAAUCGCCUGGUGUUAAAUAUGCUGGAGUCUUCCUUGGGGCUAUGGGCAUUUAUCCCUGCAUUGCUAAUACCAUUGCCUGGGUCAGUAACAACGUAGAGGGCAUCUACAAACGCGGUGUUACCAUCGGAAUCAUGAUCGGAUGGGGAAACUUGAACGGUAUCAUGUCCUCUAAUAUAUAUCGCAAUGCCGAUGCACCGAAUUACUAUCCUGGCCACGGCACGGUUCUGGCGUACUUGACCCUCUUUUUGUUUAUUGGAUCCAUUUCAGAAUAUUUCCUGCUGAAGAGGGAAAACCGGAAGCGCCGACGUGGCGAUAGGGAUCAUCGCGUUGCGGGAUUAACUCCUGAGGAAAUUGCACAGCUCGGCGACAAGAGGCCUGACUUCAUCUACACGAUAUAA